AUGAUUAAUCACAAAAAUAUCGAAUCGGCUUUAAUUGAAGUAAUUAAAGUCACAUAUAGUCAAGGUACCAAAAAAUAUGAUAAAUUAGGAGCAUUAUAUCGAAAAAGAGAUCCAGAAGAUCAUAUUAGAUAUGUAGCAAAGCAACAUACUCCAAAUGAGAAAACCUAUAAUGAAAGAAUGGCAGAUUUUAAAGAUUGGUACAAUGAAGAGAUAUAUACUAGUUUAGAAAAGUUAUAUAAAUUAUAUUUAGAAAUAUCCAAUCAAGAAGAAAAAGUAGAAAAGCGAACAAAAUUACAAGUAGAUGAAAUUUUUCAAAAAAUACAUG